CUCUCUCUCUCUCUCUCUCUCUCUCUCUAGGGAGGCGAUUCUUGGUUUCUCGAGCUUCGGCUCUGCUAAGUUUUGAGCUGAUACUCUGCUUUUUUCUUGCGGUCUUCAUGUUGUUUUCGCUGUUAGAAGCUGUCUUCUGUCACCCUUUUGGCUGCCUGAAUGAAUCCGAAUGGUUUUGCAUCGAGAGGAUGCUUCGUUUUCUUGCGUUCCGCGCGCCUGCUUCUUGAAUUUUCACCACGACUUCUCAUUUCUCCUUCUUCUCCUGCGUCUGCUUUGGUCUUUUGAUGAAGGGAAGACCCAAUCCGGACUGUGUGCUGGGAGGUCAUUCCGGGCCUCCGGGAUUCGUGCACUGUUCUGGAGGUCCAAGAAGUCUUUGGAGCCUCGAGAAACUGUUGAUCUUUCACUCGGUGACUAUACUUUGGCAGCACCAGGCGCCGAGGAUGUGUCGAUGACAAAGCCGAGACCUAUGCAGAUAUCGCUCUCGGUUGUGUCUUCCAUCUCUGAGGUUUCGUCAAAUGAUUGGGAUGCGUGUGCUCUUGAUGCUACUGGCCCUGAGAAAUAUAACCCGUUUCUUUCGCAUGGGUUUCUUUCGAGUUUGGAGGAGUCCAACUCUGCUGUGAAGGAAACAGGAUGGAUGCCGCGGCAUAUUGUUGCAAAGGAUGAAUCUGGGACUGUUAUAGGCGUUGUUCCACUUUAUCUUAAAAGUCACUCCUAUGGUGAAUUUGUUUUCGACCAUUCUUGGGCGGACGCUUACUACAGUUAUGGUUCAAGAUACUAUCCAAAGUACCAGUGUUGUGUGCCUUUUACCCCUGUAACUGGUCCUCGGAUUCUACUUCGCGAUUCCUUAUAUAAGGAUCAAGUUUUUGACAUUGUAGUGGACGCCUUAAAGAAUCUGGUUGCUAAGUCCCAGGUUUCGUCAAUUCACAUCACAUUUUCUUCUGAGAAUGAAUGGCACUACCUCAAGGAAAAGGGUUUUCUACAGAGGAUAGGAAUGCAGUACCAUUGGAGAAAUCGAAACUAUACAUGCUUUGAUGACUUUUUGAUGGACAUGAAGCAGAACAAAAGGAAAAAUAUACGUCAGGAGCGCAAGAAGAUUUCUGCCCAAAACUUGACAAUGAAACGGCUUCAAGGGAAUGAAAUAAAGGCCAAGCACUGGGAUUCUUUCUAUACGUUCUACAGGAACACCACCGAUAACAAGUGGGGCAGCCCUCAUUUGACGAGAGAGUUUUUUCAUAGCAUGGGAUCGAAAAUGGGAGAUCAAGUGUUAUUGGUUGUAGCUGAAGAAGGGGAUGAACUUGUUGCCGGAGCCCUUAAUCUUAUAGGUGGAGAUACUGUAUAUGGACGUCUCUGGGGAUGUCAUCCCAGAGCCUAUUAUCCCAGCUUACAUUUUGAAGCUUGUUAUUACCAGGCAAUAGAAGCUGCUAUAGAGCUUAAUUUGAAAACAGUGGAGGCAGGGGCUCAGGGUGAGCACAAAAUUCAGCGAGGUUAUAUGCCUGUACCAACUUAUAGCUGCCACUACCUUUUGGAUGAAGAUUUCAGCAAGGCCAUCGACGAAUUUGUAGUGCGUGAGGCAACACAGGUCAAACUCGUGAUGAAGAUGAUCCAGGAUUCUGGACCCUUUAAAGAAGGCAUAGAGUAGAAACACGCGGUCGAAAGUCCCACGUAAGGUUGUUGUGGUAUGUACAUGUCUACAAGGAUCUCUCACUUCGUGAACGCUUGAAAUCGUUUCCAGACACCGAGCAAAGAGCAGAGUGACAAUGCAAGGAGAUUCGUAUGAAUUAAGCUUCUUCCUUUCUACAAACAUUGGAUCAAUAGAAGAGCCAGUUUUCUUCUUCAGCUAUUUCCCAUCUAUUAUUCCUUGUGUACAGAUCAGUUAGUUGACCAUUUCAUUCCGGUAAAGUGUCUAUGUAAAAACAGUUUCUGGCUUUUGUUGAUGAUUGCAGCCGUAGGUGCUACUUCCCUUUAAUUGAUGUCGCUGCUCGGUGCUGUUGCUAUCGAA